UUUGUGUUUUAAUUUAAUUCUCCUUAGUUAAAUGCUUAGUUAAAUCAAUUAAACUAUGGAUCAACUGUAUGUGGAGAUUGAGCUAAGCACUCAAAAGGCUGAAACAACCAUAUACACCAGCGUGCCUUCGUUCCUAGCGCUCUACACAUAUCGCUACCUUAAGGAGCCUCAAAACAUCAAAGUCAACUUUGUGGCCAGUAAAAUAAGUACUGGCAAAAUAGCUUUACGUAGCUCUCAGCUGCGACGCGAACUGACCGAUCAGCAUAUCACAUGCCGCGAGGCCGCCACCCUGCCCGCCCUCCGGGAUCUACGUCUGCCCAUCUAUGAGCGUGAUGGAAACAUCUUCAUUGCGGGCACCUGUGCCGUUUGCCGGGAGCUCAUUGCACGCCAGCCCAGUGCGCAUUUACGCCAACUGUUGGGCUUCAAGGGCAGCUGCCUGUUGGCGCCAGCGGAGGCCUCCAUAUGGACACGCUUCUGUGAAGUGGACAUGGUUAAUCUGGUGAGCCAGCUGCAAGGUGAGGAGCUGCAGUUGCGCGAGGUGCCCGUCGAGGUGGUGCGCUUUGAGCAGCACAUGAACCAGCCGGUGCGCAUGCACAACAUCUACAAGCUGGCCAGAGAGCAGGCAAAUCAAACAGAAUACGGAGUCCCUGUGAAGCGGAAGGAGCGUGUGCUCAUCGAAUGCAGCAUACCCAAGGAGCAGCUGCUGAUCGAACAUCGUUUCGCCGAGGGCAUUAGCUUUACAAUAGCCGAUCUUAUACUCUAUCCGCUGCUGCGUCUAGUCUUUCAGCAUUGCGCCCAGAUGCUGCCGCAUUUUCCGCUCACCAGCACCUGGUUCAGUGAGAUCGACAGCUUCGAUACAAACUGUGCGCGCAUCCUGCACGAGUUGUAUGUGCCCAUGCUGGUGGCGCCGGCGGAGAACACACAAUUGCUGAGCAUACCCGACUGCGAGGAGGCCAGCCUGUACAAAGCCGAUCCGAAGCGUUAUCGGCCGCGCAAUCGCAUAUACACCAGCCAGGCAGAAGUGGAGGCAGCGCUGGCCAAGCUCACGCCACUGCAGCUGCACUUUAGCGCCGACUCGGAGCAUUCUUAUGGCGAGCAGUUGAUCGAUUGGCAGGUCAUUGAGCCCACGCAUGCCAAGAGCUCAGCGCUGCCGGCAGAGCGUCUGGAGCGCAAGCGUCAGCAGCUGGAAAAUAUGGCCAAUGCGGUCGUCUCACUGGCACAGCCCGGCGAUCGCAUUGUUGACUUCUGCAGCGGCACCGGCCAUCUGGCCAUACUCCUAGCCCUCAAGCUGCCCCAGUGCACGGUGAUUGUGCUGGAAAACAAGGCCUUUUCGCUGGCGCACGCUCAAAAGCGUGCGGCCGAGCUUAAGCUGAACAACUGCGUCUUCUACCAGUGCAAUAUUGACUAUUUUAUGGGCCGUUUCGAUAUAGGCGCCUCGCUGCACGCCUGCGGCACAGCCACCGACAUUGUCCUGCAGCAGUGCCAGCGGGUAAAUGCGUGUUUCGUGUGCUGUCCCUGCUGUUAUGGCUCGCUGCAGCCCAUGCCACACAUUGCCUAUCCACUGAGUGCACGCUUCCGUGAGGUGCUCGAUACGCGAGAUUAUUUGUACAUAGCCCACACGGCGGAUCAGGCUCACGAAUUGGGCACCAGCAAUUGCAAGCCGGAGACAACGCUGCAGGGACUGCACUGCAUGUGUAUUGUGGACACAGAUCGUAAACUGCAGGCGGAGGAGGCCGGUUACCAGGUGAUACUCACACGCCUCAAGCCGGAACAGUGCACGCCAAAGAAUCAUUUGCUAGUCGGACGUUAUGUGCGCCGCAGUUGAGUUAUGCAUUUAUGCAAGGUUAAACUAAAU